AAGCAACUCUGAACUUGGGAUUUAAUGAAGUAACCAAACGUAUACACAAUAAUAGUAGUAGCUCACUAUCAACAUUAGUAUAUCUCUGUAAAAAACAACCGGCUUUUUCUCCUAAAAUGGAACGCAUUUACAAACUGAAAGGUGAUAACGAUGAAUAUGUUGUUGAAAAAGCUAUCUGCUCAUUAAAUAAUGAUCAAGUUAUUGCAGUUCCUACAGAUACUAUCUAUGGAGUGGCUGCUCUAGCCCAAUCUAAGACUGGUGUUGAGAAAUUGUAUAACAUCAAAAACAGACAAAAAGAAAAAGCAAUUGCUAUAUGUGUUGGAUCGAUUGAAGAUGUUAAAAGAUGGUGCUUGGUGACCAUUUCUGACAAUGUAUUAGAAGAUCUUUUGCCUGGACCUGUGACAUUAGUAUUUCAACGAUCCUCAUUACUAAACUCUUAUUUAAACCCUACAUCUAAUAGUAUUGGAGUUCGUAUUCCAAAAUGUGCAUUUAUUCAAACACUUGCACAAAAAUGUCAACAACCCAUUGCACUUACUAGCGCUAAUAUUUCUUCUGCAAUGAGUUCUUUGGAUAUAAACGAGUUUGAAGAGCUUUGGCCAAAACUUGAUCUUAUUGUUGAUGGUGGUACACUUGGAAGUUCUGAACAGUCUCGACUUGGUUCAACUGUUGUUGACUUGACAAAAAAAAGAGAGUUUACUAUCAUUCGUGAGGGUUGCGCCUAUAAUGAAGUUGUCAAUAUUUUACAUAAAUAUGGCUUUAAAAAUAGUAAUAAAUAAUAGCAAAUUUAAAA